AUGUCAAUAGCAUACUCUGGCUACACACAACAGUUUAAGCCACAAAACAAACUUAACAAAGACAAUGCGAGAAUUUCGGAUGUUACUGCGAACCAGAUGAAUAUCCAAGAGCCGAUUAUUAACAUGCACCUUUCCUGCACAGAUUUACCUCGUCUCGAUCUUGCAAGCCCAUCAGAUCCUAUGAUUGUUAUGCAAAUUCCAGCUAACGGAACAUAUAUUGAAAUCGCAAGAACAGAAGUUAUUUGGAAUAACCCUAAUCCUAACUUUGUCAAGGUUCUUCAAGCUGCCUACAUCUUCGAAACACGUCAACCACUCAGAUUCGCCAUUUAUGAUGCCGAUUCUGAGAAAGCUGCUCUCAAAUCUCAUGAUCUGAUCGGUUAUGUUGAUACAGAUGUACAAACGAUGGCUACAAACCUUGAGAAGAAGCAAGAAUUCCCAAUCCAAUCACACAAAUCUACAAAAGCUAAGCUUACAAUUGUUGCAGAGCAAGUUACAGUCAAUAAUACAGUUCUUGACUUACAAAUCGAAGCUGUUAAGAUGAAAAAGAUGCGUACAUUCUCCAAGAACCAGCCAUUCUUAAUGAUGUCCAAGCUUUCUGAGUCUGGAGUAAAUAUUCCAGUUUUCCGCUCCGAAGUUAUUCCGAAAUGCUACAGAUGCACAUGGGCUCCAUUCAGAGUCUCACUCCAAGCAGUUGCAAAUGGAAAUGCUGACUGUCCGAUCCUUAUUUCCCUUAUGGAUAAUCAUGUUUCGAAGCCAGACCAAGUUAUCGGCUCAGUUCAACUCACUGCCAACAACAUUGUCGCAAGCAUUGGCAAAGACAUCGAUGUCAUGGACAAAAAGAACAAGAAGACUGGAAUUAUCAGAAUCCGCUCUGCCAGAAUCAAAAAGACCGCAAACCUCGUCGACUACUUGAAGGAUGGACUUCAACUUAACUUAAUUACUGCGAUAGAUUUUACUGGAUCCAACUUAUCACCAAAUCAACCAAAUUCACUUCACUACAUCGCUCCAGGUGUCAUGAACCAGUACGAAUCAUGCAUCUGCUCCAUCGGCGAAAUUGUUUGCCCAUACGAUACCGAUCAAUUAUUCCCAGUUUACGGAUUUGGUGGAUGUAUCAACGGAAAAGUCGACCAUUGCUUCCCUCUGACUUUCAGACCAGAGCAACCAAACGUCCAGGGCAUGGCAGGAAUCUUGGAUGUCUACAGAAACGCAAUCAGAAACGUUCAAUUAUCUGGACCAACGUAUUUCGCGCCCGUAAUCAGUGCUGCAUCAGCCAUUGCACGCCAGUCAUUCGCACAAUCAAGGACAUACACGAUUUUACUCAUUCUUACUGACGGAGCGAUCAAUGAUUUCGCACAAACGGCAAAUGCGAUUGUUGCUGCCUCUGAUGCACCUCUUUCCAUCAUUAUUGUCGGUGUAGGUAACGCAGACUUCAGCGCAAUGGACGCUCUCGAUGGAGAUGAGAGAGGAUUAAGAAAUUCACAGGGAAUUUACGCAAAGAGAGAUAUCGUACAGUUCGUACCAUUCAGGAAUUUCCAGGGCAAUGCUUGGGGUGCUCUCCCUGCCGAAGUUCUCGCGGAAGUGCCAAAACAGGUCUCUGAGUUCUGCGAGAGCAUCGGAUACUUACCUGCGGCUUUGAGAAACUAA